AUGGCGAAUGUGAGGGAUAGCGAUACAUCGUUGUGGCUUCAUAACAAGCUCGGUACGUCAAACGAUAGCUGGACCGGCAGCUCGAUCUGUUCACAGCUCAAUGCCGAGGUGUUGCGCAACAUCAAGGAUUGUUUUCCCGACCUGCAAACGCAGGUCAAGCUUAAGUUACUCCUGUCAUUCUUUCACAUACCCAGGCGCAAUGUUGAAGAGUGGCGUGUGGAACUGGAAGAGAUCAUUGAGGUUGCGUCUCUGGACAGUGAGCUGUGGGUAUCAGUGCUAUCCGAAGCGAUGAAGACUUUUCCAUCGACCGGUUCUUUAAAUACAGACAUCACUGAUUUGGAUGAACAUAGAUCAAUUUUUGGGGACUUGGUCAAUGACUUAAGGAAACUUAUGAAGAAGCAGAAUGAUCCUGCUAUGCUUCCCUUAGAGUGUCAUUAUCUUAACAAGACUGCGUUGACUUCAGUGGUAGGUCAGCAUCCCAUGCCAGUUAAGCAUUUCAUUUUCAAGAGAAAAACAAAAAGCGCAGCUUUGAGAGCGGAAUUACUUCAAAAAAGCAUCGAUGCCGCUAAUAAUCUUAAGAAGAGCACAGCUCCCACAGUACCAGUGAGAAGUAGAGGGAUGCCAAGAAAAAUGACUGAUACAACACCUCUGAAGGGAAUCCCAAGCAGAGUUCCAACGAGCGGUUUUCGAUCCCCGUCGCUCACAAACACCUCUGUCUCUAACAGAACAUCGAUCAGCAGUAGAAUUCGAAAAGAUGGCGGUAUUAAAUUACUGGAUAUUAACGAGCAGCCUCUCGGAUACGCACAAGCGAAGAAGAGGAGAAAGAUGCUGGAGAUGGAGGAGCAGCAGAAAAAAGUCGCGGAAGCACAAGCGGCCGCUGUGGCAGCAGCUGCUUCAGUGGCUUCACCGGUUGCGGAAACUCCGACAACUCCAGAGUACGCGCAAGGAUUGGCCUCGAUUAAUCCGCCUGCCACGCCAGUUCCACCAGUUGUGGUAGCUACGGCGCAACCCUAUACCGCACCUAGCACGCCAAGCAGCAUUUCGGUUACGACUACGCAGCAAACAUCUACUACGUUAACUACUACCACCACAACGCCCACUACUGUGAUAGCAGUAGCUGCAUCAACGGUGAUAGCACCUGUGGAAAGCACGCCAGUCGCCGUGCAAACAGUCAGACCGGCUCAAACAGUUACGCAGAUUCGUAUACAGACUACCACGCAACCUAAUGCGGCGGCUAAUCCAAGAAAAGGCCUAUCUCUUACGCGUGAACAAAUGUUGGAAGCUCAAGAAAUGUUUAGAACUGCGAACAAAGUAACGCGUCCAGAAAAAGCCCUUAUCUUAGGUUUUAUGGCUGGUUCUAGAGAUAAUCCUUGUCCAAAAUUGGGCAAUAUAGUCACAGUGAUGCUCUCGGAGAAUAUAGAAGAAGUAACGCAGUCGGACGGAACAACUGUUCCAAUGUUGGUCGAAACUCAUUUCCAAAUGAAUUACACGAACGGUGAAUGGAAGAGGAUAAAGAAAAAUCGGCGUAUCGUGACGGAGGAAUCUACAUCAACGUCCACUCCCGCACCAACCGCGACAGCCACGGCUUCCAAUUGAAAGAACUUUGUUCAAAUCGCUAAAAAUACGAGAUCUACAUCUAUAUGAAAUAUCGUUUUGUGUUAUCGGUUACUAGAGGAUAUAACGAACAUUGUGAUCACACGUCUUCUUAGUGAAUUGAUAAAUUUACUAAAUUAAUAGUAAUUCGAUUCACGUUUAAAAUCUAAAAAGAAUCAUUGAGUAACGACUUUCAAAUGUAGAAUUUGCAUCCCGAUAAAACUGAUUUUUUUCGUUUUCUCGCAUCAAUCAUGUAAGUCUUGAUAAUUUUCAUAUAGAGAUUUCAGUUAAAUGAAGAGAAGUUAAUCUGAAUCUGCUUUCCGAGUAUGCUUCAUUCAAUAACGUUUUCUCCUUCAAUACUGGUAUAAGAAAUGUAUAUGAUUUAUAGUACAUUUAAGAUAUUUUAAAGUUAUAUAUAAUUUGAUAGAAAUAAUAUGCAAUGUGUGAAUAGUCAAAUAUUUGUU